GCGGCCAAGAGCAAGAGCCGCCGCAAGAAGGGCGCCAGCGCCGUGUCGGUGGAGCCGCACCGGCACGAGGGCGUCUUCAUCUACCGCGGGGCGGAGGACGCGCUGGUCACGCUGAACAUGGUGCCCGGCCACUCGGUGUACGGCGAGCGGCGCGUCACGGUGACCGAGGGCGGCGUGAAGCAGGAGUACCGCACGUGGAACCCCUUCCGGUCCAAGCUGGCGGCGGCCAUCCUGGGCGGAGUGGACCAGAUCCACAUCAAGCCCAAGGCCAAAGUGCUCUACCUGGGCGCCGCCUCGGGGACCACCGUCUCGCACGUCUCCGACAUCAUCGGCCCAGACGGCCUGGUCUACGCGGUCGAGUUUUCCCACCGCGCUGGCCGCGAUCUGGUCAACGUGGCCAAGAAGCGAACCAACAUCAUCCCGGUGCUCGAGGACGCCCGGCACCCGCUCAAGUACCGCAUGCUGAUCGGCAUGGUGGACGUGAUCUUCGCCGACGUGGCACAGCCGGACCAGUCCCGCAUCGUGGCUCUGAACGCCCACACCUUCCUGCGCAACGGGGGCCACUUCCUCAUCUCCAUCAAGGCCAACUGCAUCGACUCCACCGCGUCCGCCGAGGCCGUGUUCGCCUCCGAGGUGCGGAAGCUGCAGCAGGAGAACUUGAAGCCUCAGGAGCAGCUGACCCUGGAGCCCUACGAGAGGGACCACGCUGUGGUCGUCGGGGUCUACCGGCCCCUGCCCAAGAGCAGCAGCAAAUAGCAGCCGGCGGGGUGCGCCCGUGUCUCCCCAACUGUCGCGUUAUUAUGUGCUGUGUGUGUGUUGUUGCUUUUCUAUUAAACAGUGUAAGGCAGCCCCCAGGUGUAUCCUGUGGUCAGCCUGGGUUUGGCUGCAGUGACCGUCAGUCCUUAAAUCCCGGUGGCCUGAAACAGCUCGCAUUAGGGCCCAUCAAGGGACAACCUGGGAGCUUGUGCUCAUUCUAACCCCCUGGUCCCUGAACCUCGUCUUCAC